CAAAAAAGCAAAAGUGUGCUGUCUUCUUUUGACCUCUUUGUCUCCAACUCCCAUACGGCCGACCAAUUCAUCUUUCCUUCAACAACCCCUACGGAAGCAUCAGGCCAGGAGGGAAACCAGAAUCCAAUCCGCAUUCACCAGAACAAAAACCCCCCUCCCUCCUCCCCGGCGGAACUAGACAACCAUGUCCAACUCGAUUGAAUUCACACCCCUGGCGACCUCCGAUCCCCUGGACCACGAGUCCAGCGAGCCUCUCACCACAGCCAGACCAAGCCCACGCCCGAAACUGAACACUCUCUCCGCCCAGGUCGAACGGAUCACAGAUGCGGCAAUAUCAGGACUGGGCCCCGUCCUCCUCACGGUCGCAUUCCUCCUCCUAUCAACGACCAUCUUCUGCUUCUUCACCGUAUUCUUGCCAUUUCAUUAUACCUGGAAGGAGGACGGGGGCCUGAUUGGGAAUCUACCCUAUAUCGGCCAUCUGACAUGGUCAUCCUAUCUGGUCUGGGGCAUCCUCGCGAACUAUUACUUCGCAGUUCGGACACCCCCCGGUGGAGUCCUCGAUGGCGUCUCGAGCACCGGUGACGCACUGUUCCAAGAUGUCCUUCAGGAGAUGGAGACCUACACCGAGGUUCCACCGAUGUGCAAAAGAUGUCAUCUCCCAAAGCCAGAGCGGACACAUCACUGCAGUGUAUGCAAGCGCUGCGUGUUGAAAUACGAUCAUCACUGUCCAUGGAUCCAUAAUUGCGUCGGACAUUUCAACCACCGGUUCUUUUUAAUGUUCUUGACCUAUCUGUCGAUCGCCUGUCUGUACUUUGUCUUCAUGGGCGCAAGACCGUUCCUGUCAGCGGCGGAUACGGAAAGCGGUAACGAAUGGCCAUAUUGGCUUGAUCGAUCUAUUGUUGCUUUCUCAGAAGUCUUGGCCGUCGCUAUUGGGGUCGCUGUCGGCGGGAUGGCAUGUUGGCAUUGGUACCUGACUCUCACGGCCCAGACGACACUCGAACAGUACAACAACACAUACAUCAAAAAGAUCUGCAAGAAGCGCGGCGAAAAGUUUACGAACAUGUACGACUUUGGGAUCAUCGGCAAUUUCUUCGACCUCUUCAACAUCGGCCCGCGUGGACACUACCCAUGGUACACAGCCCUGCUCCCGCUCCGGAUCCCGCCCAUCGGCAACGGCAAGCGGUUCGAGAGGAGCGGCCGUGGAUAUGUCCUCGACUUUGGGGAGGACGACGAGGAUAUGGUGUGAAAAGGAACGAGAGGAAAGCUAGAGCUGGAACAGAGAGGA